AUGCCACCUAAAGCUGACUGGGACAAGUACGUCGCACCUACCGACGAGGACGAGAAAGAAAACAAGGUUGUUCCUCUCAGCGAGGGCGACAUCCAGGUUCUAAAAACAUAUGGAGCAGCACCUUAUGGGAGCCAACUAAAGCAAAUCGAGAAAGACCUCAAGGACAUUGAGGAGCGUAUCAAGGAAAAUAUUGGAAUCAAGGAAUCUGACACAGGAUUGUCUGCUCCACAUCUAUGGGAUGUGAUGGGUGACAAGCAGAGAAUGUCACAGGAACAGCCAUUGCAGGUGGCCAGAUGUACCAAGAUCAUUGAGGCCGUCAAUCCAACGCCACAAAUGGGAUUGCUUGCCAAUGCCGACAACAAACUGAAGUAUGUGAUCAAUAUCAAGCAAAUCGCCAAGUUCGUGGUUGGUUUGGGAGAAAGAGUGUCUCCUACAGAUAUCGAGGAAGGUAUGAGAGUUGGUGUAGAUAGACAGAAGUACGAAAUCCAGUUGCCGCUUCCACCAAGAAUCGAUCCUUCUGUGACAAUGAUGACGGUCGAGGAGAAACCGGACGUGACAUACGGUGAUGUGGGUGGAUGCAAGGAGCAGAUUGAAAAGUUGAGAGAGGUGGUGGAGCUCCCACUUUUAUCUCCAGAAAGAUUCGUCAAAUUGGGCAUUGAUCCUCCCAAGGGUAUUCUUUUAUACGGGCCCCCAGGUACGGGAAAGACGCUUUGUGCGCGUGCUGUGGCUAACCGUACGGAUGCUACCUUCAUUAGAGUUAUUGGCUCUGAGUUGGUUCAGAAGUACGUUGGAGAAGGUGCUAGAAUGGUGCGUGAGUUAUUUGAGAUGGCUCGUACCAAGAAGGCAUGUAUCAUUUUCUUCGAUGAGGUUGAUGCCAUCGGAGGAGCCAGAUUCGAUGACGGAGCCGGAGGAGACAACGAGGUGCAAAGAACAAUGUUGGAGCUUAUUACACAAUUGGACGGUUUUGACCCUCGAGGCAACAUCAAGGUGAUGUUUGCCACCAAUAGACCCAACACUUUAGACCCUGCAUUGUUGCGUCCUGGUCGUAUUGAUAGAAAGGUGGAGUUUUCGCUUCCCGACCUUGAAGGCCGUGCCAACAUCUUCCGCAUUCACGCCAAAACAAUGAGUUGCGAGAAGGGGAUCCGUUGGGAAUUGAUUUCUCGUUUGUGCCCCAAUGCUACUGGAGCUGAGUUGCGUUCCGUGUGUACGGAGGCUGGUAUGUUUGCCAUUCGUGCCAGGAGAAAGGUUGCCACAGAAAAGGACUUCUUGCAGGCUGUCGAGAAGGUUAUCAAGGGCAAUUUGAAAUUCUCUUCCACAUCCGAGUACAUGCAAUACAAUUAA